CUGGUGGAAGGAGAGAGUUUCUCUGCUGGGAAACUCAGAGCAGGACUCUCUUCACUUUAGUAAGAGCGGGGCUCUCUGGAAAACUGGAUCUAUAUUUAACAAGAAAGCCGUCAGCUUUCAAGUUCAAUACAGCAGUUUUAAAGCUUGUUAGAGCCGGACUCUUUAAAAACAAAGCAAACAGAAACGGAUUUGUAAAAAGACAAAGGAUUGUAUUUUGUUUUUUUAAAAAACUGCAGUCAACUUUUUACAGAGAACUGCGCUGUUUUUUUUUUUUUGUAAGACAGACAGGCACACAGAGUGAUUGCGGAGAGAUUUCUAACCCUAAAAGAUAUGCCUGGAUUGUGGAAGUGACCACCCUACCUUGCUGCGAUGGGAUUCCUGAGGCUUCUCUACCUGCUGAUUGCUGGGGCAGCUGCUGUGGCGCCAGACGGACACUUCAACCCAGCUCUGUGUCGCUAUGCGCUGGGUAUGGAGGACGGAACGAUCCGCGAUGAAGAUAUUGUAGCCACCAGCUCCUGGUCUGACUCCACUGCAGCUAAACACGGCCGGCUGUCUUUGGGAAAUGGGGAUGGUGCUUGGUGUCCGGCAGGCCCGGUAUACCCCAAUAACGCAGAGUUCCUGCAGGUAGAUCUGAAGAGACUGCACUUUGUCACUCUGGUUGCCACGCAGGGUCGCCACGCCGACGGCCACGGCAACGAGUUCGCCCGCGCCUACCGGCUAGUCUACAGCCGGAACGGACGCACGUGGAUCACCUGGAGAGACCGGUGGAACAACUACGUGGUGUCUGGGAACGUGAACACGUACGACAUAGUUCUGAAGGACUUGGGCCCCCCCAUCAUCGCGCGCUACGUUCGCUUCUACCCCAUGGCGGACCGGGUGAUGAGCGUGUGUCUGCGAGUCGAGCUGUACGGCUGUGAAUGGACAGAUGGACUGAAAGCCUACACUUCUCCAAUCAGCCACGUUAUGAAUCUUCCAGCUGGCCCUGUCUACCUGAACGACUCGACCUAUGAUGGAAACAUAGAUGCUGGGCUGCAGUACGGAGGGCUGGGGCAGCUGUCCGAUGGGGUGCUGGGGCUGGAUGAUUUCACGGAGGCCCGGGAGCUGCGAGUCUGGCCUGGCUAUGACUAUGUGGGGUGGAACCGGGAGGCGGCAGGGGUGGGCUUCGUGGAGAUGGAGUUUGAGUUCCAGGAGAGACGCACCUUUCAAAGCAUGCAGGUUCACUGCAAUAACCGGUACCAGCAGGCAGUGAAGAUCUUCCGCAGCGUGUCGUGCCUCUUCAAGCCGGACCUGCUGAGGCAGUGGGAGCCGGAGCCGGUCAGCGUGGAGGUGGAGGCGGACGUGCGGGACCCCGGCGCUCGCACCGUGCCCGUGCCCCUGGAGGGGAGGAGCGGACAGAUGAUGCGCUGCAAGUUCUACUUCUCUGACAGCUGGCUGCUCAUCAGCGAGAUCUCCUUCAUCACGGACAUUGGAGGGGAGACCCCACCUGUGAAAGAACCCCCCAAUCCAGCCCUCCCUGCUCCCAGUGUGAUGCCAGGCACCAGCCCCAAAGUGGAGACCCCGAUCUCAAGCCCAAGACCAAGCCCUGCCACCAACACCACCACCAACCGCACAACGCUGGGAGGACAAGGCAGGCUGUCGGGCAUGGGGGAUAUGACUCUCAACAGCACAGUGGAAGAGGAAGACUGGGCGAUGCUCACCCCGAAGGCGGGGCUUCCCGUUGCCAAGGACGACAACAGCCACACCUCCAUUCUGGUUGGCUGCCUGGUAGCCAUCAUCCUGCUGCUUUUGAUUGUCAUCGUCAUCAUUCUGUGGAGACAGUACUGGAAAAAGAUACUGGGCAAGACUCAGAGGCGAAUCUCGGAUGAUGACUUGCGGGUCCACCUUUCAGUUCCAAACGAAACUGUGGUCAUCAACAAUACCCAGAAUCCCCUGAGCGCUGCCCGCUACGCCAACCGAUACGAGCGCAUCCAGCCGUGCGAGGGGGAGCAGGGGCCGUCGUACGAGGCUGAGUACCAGGAGCCCAGCGCUCUGGUGCGCAAGAGGCCAGAAUCCGUGCUCACCACUGACAGCUCGGCUCUGCUCUUAAACAGCCCAGCCUAUCACCUCUUACUGUCCGCAAACUCACCCCAACCCCCAGCAGGCAAACCUGGAGGGCAGGCCAAGCCAAUCAACACUGACGUCGGCUACAUGGAACCGGAACUGUUGAAGGCCCCGCCCCCUUACGGGUUCCCCAGCGGAGCCCCGCCCCCUUGCAUGUCCCCCUGCUCCUCAAACAGCGUCCCUCAUUACGCAGAGGCUGACAUCAUCAACCUGCAGGGCGUCACCGGCAACAACACCUACGCUGUUCCCGCGGUAACCGUGGACGCGCUGGCCGGCAAGGACAUUGGGGUGGGGGAGUUUCCACGGGAACACCUCGCCUUCAAGGAGAAACUUGGGGAGGGGCAGUUCGGAGAGGUGCACCUGUGCGAGAUCGACAGCCCACAAGACCUGGUCAGCUUGGAGUUUCCCUUUAAUAUCCGCAAAGGACGCCCUCUGCUGGUGGCUGUCAAGAUACUGCGUUCUGAUGCCACCAAGAAUGCCAGGAAUGAUUUCCUGAAGGAGGUGAAGAUCCUGUCCCGGCUGAAGGACCCCAAUAUCAUCAGGCUGCUGGGUGUGUGUGUGCGGGACGACCCGCUGUGCAUGAUCACCGAGUACAUGGAGAGUGGUGACCUCAACCAGUUCCUGAGCCAGCGCCAGCUCCAGGACAAAGCCAGCAGUGCCAGCAGCAUGCCGACGAUCAGUUACACGACUCUGAUCUCCAUGACUUCCCAGAUCGCCUCUGGGAUGAAGUACCUGGCCUCCCUGAACUUUGUUCAUCGAGACCUGGCCACUCGGAAUUGCCUGGUGGGUGAGGGCGACACCAUCAAGAUCGCUGACUUCGGGAUGAGCCGCAACCUCUACACCAGCGACUACUAUCGCAUCCAGGGCCGCGCCGUGCUGCCGAUACGCUGGAUGGCCUGGGAGUGCAUCCUCAUGGGGAAGUUCACGACAGCGAGUGACGUGUGGGCGUUCGGUGUGACGCUGUGGGAGAUGCUGCUGCUGUGUAAGGAGCAGCCCUACAAUUGGCUGACCGACGAGCAGGUGAUAGAAAACGCUGGGGAGUUCUUCAGAGACCAGGGCAAGCAGAUAUACCUGCCCCGGCCGGAGAUCUGCCCCCAGGGCUUGUUUGACCUGAUGCUGCGCUGCUGGUGUCGGGACUCCAAGGACCGCCCCUCGUUUGUGCAGAUUCAGCGUUUCCUCCUGGAAGAGGCUAUGAACAUGGUGUAGGCAGGGAGCUGGGGCCCGGGGCUCUGCAGGCUGGCCUGGGGUCCUGGGAGUCCCCCCAUCUCCUCCUUUUAAUCUGAUCUAGAGGUGGCAGUGCGGCAGGGUGCUCUCUCUGCAACAGACUGGUGCUGGUGGCGGUAGGGGGGCAUUUUCAACUGGAUCUUCAAUUCCUUCUGCGUCUUGCAAACCUUGAUGCGGGCUUUAUUGCUAUUGUAAAUCAGAUGGACUUCACAAAGCAGCGCCUUCGAUGACUUUUGUAUGUACAAGUUGAGGACUUUCAAACCUUGAUGUGGGCUUUUGGUAAUUCAGGUGGACAAAAAAAGGCUCUUCAGUGUAUGAUCAUGAUGGUCAGGCAUAAUAAAAGCAAGGCAUAUUAACCGUGUAAAGGGCAGAUUGAAAUAAGCUUUAUUGCAGUUAUAAUUCUUAAUUCCUGAAGGCGUUACCCCAAAGGUUUUAAAGUACAGGGUGGUUUCAGAUCACACGGAAUACCUCUCACACAGAGCGGUUCAAUCUGGUUGGGUGGUGGACACAAACAGUGUACAAUCUCGAGGUGGGUAAACACUCCCCUAUAUGGAAGUCUAGUGGAAGGAAAAUAGGGGUUAAGAUGCAUUGUUUGGACACUUUGUUUUGUGAGUGGCAGAGGAAGCAAAAAUCAAAUGAAGUGGAUUGUUUUUUAGGGAGAGAUCCUCCCAGCCUAAUGCACUUACAGCCUGGACACACACUGGACACUGGACACUGGACUCUGGACUCUGGACUCUGGACUCUAAGAGGUAAGCCUCACUGCACAGCUUUUGCAGCCUGACUUCAAUUAUAAGCCAUGGUUGCUAAAGCAAGCCCAGAUUUUAUUCUGCUUUAGCAUAAUGGUUUUUUUUUUUUUAGGGUGCAAAAGUAACUGUAAGGAGUUGUUACUUCGACCCAGAGUUUAAACACUGGAUUUCUAAACAGUUCGGGUUUUUUUCACAUCAUCUGAAGGCAAAACAGUGUUUCUUGACAGCCUUUUAUUGUUUGCUUCUAAUGGAAAUCUGAUUCAACCUGUGCUUGCUUGACCAGGAUGAGAACCCAUUCAGAUCUGGGUCUCAUUUCUCUAAGGGUCCCGGAAGACAAUCACGCUCUCUAGAUCUGUUUUAACAAUCUUAAACGAUAGAGGAUCUAAAUACCUUCACACUCUAACUCUCCUGCUCCUGAUUCCCCCAGUCCUGGUGAUCUAGUGGUAUUAAAAUCAGCCACUGUUCAAUUAAGAAACCCCUACAGUCUUAUAUAUUUGUAACCAUUAAUUAUACAGUAUCCCGGGGCUGGCCAUAGUUGGCUAUUCCAUUCCUGGUCUUUGUUCCAACCCUGCUCUAAACUGUUGUAAUUGAACUGAUUUCAAACCUCCAUCCAGACCCUGAAGUAGUUCAUUAUAUCAUUUUACCUGUUAAACAAACUGGAGUGGAAUGGCCCUCCAGGUCUGUGAUUGGACACCCCAGCUACAUCCAAUCACAUUUCACAACUGGUACCUUGAACUGGGUUUUUGUAAAUGUUCAGUCACACCCACCCUUGAUUCAGUUGUUUUUUUUUGCUGUCCCUCCCAAGUUUGCCUAUAUCUCCUCAUGACCAGUAGGCAGUCAAGUCUUACAGACUGGAUAACUCAUAAUAAGUAUCUGAUUAGGGUAUUUCCAUUUCACAAAGCCUGUAUAAACUGCAUGAUCAUCUUCUUGGGAGAAGCAUCCUUCUUGUUUUAGACUGCCAGUACUUGUAAAUAUUCAGCCCAGAAAACAGCUUUUCAUUCAUUCUGUAUUUUGAUUUUAUAUUUUUUUUAAUCAGAGUUGUGUUUCCUACCUGUAAAGGCCUCUACCCACUGGACGCGAUGCCACAAGCGAAUGUCUCGACACCGCACCACAACAAAAAAAAUAAAACAAGUGUUUUUGAUACAAGCCAUUCACACUGCCUGCGGUGCGACAGGCAAAACUGAAGCGAUACGAUAAAAAUAGGAUGGGGGUCGAUUUUUGUCGCGCGGCUGCUAGGGAACUGACCAAUGAGGAACAGCUUGCGCGCCUUCAGUAAACCAUGGUGGAAGAAAAGAUCGUUCUUGCAGAAUCAAAAUACCUGGAGCUGUACAAUAAAGGACACAAAAACUAUAAAGACACGGCAAUGAGGGAGAACAUCUGGCAGUCCAUUUCCAGGGAACUGGUGUGUUUAUAAAAAAAAUAAGAAAAAGAUUAAGAUCCAAGCCUUUUAAAUGAUCCAUUUCCUUACCUAUAGCUAGCACAGCAACUUUCUUGCAAGUCCCAAUUUAUAAGAAACUACUAUGCUUGUCUGCUGGACAAACCCUACAAUCUAUGAGCAUUCAAAGCUAUGGAUGACACCCUUGAUCAAAUAAAUCGCCUAGGUACCAGGUGCAGUAUUUGGGUAGGGUAGUAGCCACAGAAUGUGUUAUGUGAUGUUUCUCUGAUUUCAGAAACAGCUCUGUCAAAGAAUAGAUUAAGAAGGAUGAUUUAUAAAAUGUGUUUUAUACAUUUUUGUACUCCUGUACAUUUACACUCCCAUCAAUAUUUUCUGAAGCAGACCACUGAACAGAACAUCCUGAUCAAUUACUUCCUGUGCUGUAGGUGGCUGGCCAGACCAUUGGAGUGAGAUUGACAGACAGCACAGGAAGUGAUGACGUACAGGCAAGCAACAGCAGUAUUUACAUAGAGAUGUAUUUGAAAUAUCGGAAUAUCCCAAAUUAUAGGGAGAAAAAAUCAAUUACAGUAUUGGUUGGUGCUCCUUUAAAGGGGUUGUAAUGUUGCCUGUGGUAAUGAGAUUCAAGGAAAUGUUCUUUGAAGCCCUGGUUAACACUGCUUUAUCUGCGUUGUUUUAAUACAAAACUAAAAAUACAUGUUUUAUUUGUUUAUUUUUUACAACAAAAAAAGAGUAAAUAAUAGUACCAUUUCAGUUUUUCUGUCUUCGCAUGAAUUCUUGGUGUUGUGUUGUAAUGGUUGUAUCUGUACUGCUGUUUUUUGAUACACUGUCUUCUGUAGCAAAGGUUUUCUAAAAUAAUAACGUGUACAUAUUUGAGGGAAAAGAUUUUUACACUAAUAUAUGGAGUCCUUUUAGAGGUUUGUUUUUGUUUUUAGUUUUUUUUCUCCUAUGUAGGUCUGUCGACUGCUUGCUUUAUUUGCAGAUGUUUUAAUAAAGUAACUUCUAAAAAUG